AUGCAAUCAGUAAAUGAUACAUCGCAAAAUCAAGGACCUCAAGUUGCAAGUCGAGUUUCGGUUAAGGAUCUCUGUUGCCUUUUUUGCUGUCCACCAUUGCCGUCUUCGAUUGUUUCUAAGCUUGCUUUCAUGCCACCUGAAUCAAGUUAUCGUAUUGUACAGCAUGAUUCACAACAUACUACGCUUGAGUUAGUGGAAGGUCGAGCAGAUUGGCCACAUGGUGCAGAUGAACUCCGAAAUAUCGAUGUAUUCUACACAAGAACUCGAAGAAGGAAUAAAAUAGUUUGCAUGUAUGUGAAGCCUUGUGGUGAAACUCAUUUCACUUUACUUUUUUCUCACGGCAAUGCAGUCGAUUUAGGUCAAAUGUGCAGUUUUUAUUACGGACUUGGAUUUCGAUUGGGUUGUAAUGUAUUUAGCUACGAUUAUUCUGGAUAUGGAUGUUCUAGCGGGAAACCAUCUGAAAAAAAUUUGUACGCCGAUAUUGCUGCAGCAUUAGCUGCUCUUAGAUCAAGAUACCAAAUACCACUGGGUCGCAUAAUAUUAUAUGGUCAAUCCAUAGGUACCGUUCCAAGCGUUGAUUUAGCGAGCAAUGAAGAAUCAGUUGCAGCAUUGAUUCUGCAUUCACCACUUAUGUCUGGCAUGCGAGUAGCUUUUCCAGGGACCCAACGUACGUGGUGUUGUGAUGCUUUUCCUUCUAUUGAAAAAAUUCCUCGUGUACGCUGUCCAACUUUAGUUAUUCAUGGAACUGAUGAUGAGGUAAUCGAUUUCUCUCAUGGUGUGUGUAUAUAUGAACAGUGUCCUUCAUCAGUAGAGCCCUUGUGGGUACAUGGUGCUGGACAUAACGAUGUUGAACUUCAUGCUGCCUAUCUCGAUCGAUUAAGAGCAUUUAUAGAGAAUGAAGCGUCGAGAAACAAAGAUAAUACUCAGGUGAAUCGAUCUUAA